CUGUCGGAGCGCGCUCACUCGAGCCAGUCUCUCGCUGGAACCAUUUUGUGCAGGUAGCGUCCGUCAACCUCGUGGGGAGGGAAAAUCGCAAUCAUUGAGAACAUGGAGGAACCCGAGCAGCUGCGCAAGCUCUUUAUUGGGGGCUUAAGCUUCGAAACCACAGAUGAUAGCCUCCGAACGCAUUUUGAGCAAUGGGGGAGACUGACCGACUGUGUGGUGAUGAGGGACCCACAGACAAAACGUUCCAGAGGCUUUGGGUUUGUUACGUAUUCGUGUGUUUCUGAGGUCGAUGAAGCCAUGUCUGCCAGACCCCAUAAAGUAGAUGGCCGUGUUGUGGAGCCUAAGAGGGCUGUUUCGAGAGAGGAUUCCACUCGGCCUGGUGCACACCUCACCGUCAAAAAAAUCUUUGUCGGUGGCAUUAAGGAAGAUACUGAGGAGCAUCACCUUCGGGACUAUUUUGAGAAGUUCGGUAAAAUUGAAGUUGUUGAGGUGAUGACUGAUCGCCAGAGUGGAAAGAAGAGGGGUUUUGCUUUCAUUACAUUUGAUGAUCACGAUGCAGUUGAUAAGAUUGUUGUUCAAAAGUACCACACAGUCAACGGACACAAUUGUGAAGUGCGGAAGGCGCUAUCACGUGAAGAGAUGCAGAAUUCAGGCAUGAACCAGAGAAACCGCGGAGGUGGCAACUAUAGCCGUGGUGGCCAGUUUAGCAAUAGUGGCGGUAACUUUGGCCGUGGUGGGAGUUACAGUAGAGGUGGAGGUGGGUUUGGAGGCAACCGAGGAGGUGGCGGCUAUGGUGGCUGUGGUGAUGGAUACAAUGGUUUUGGUGAUGGUGGUGGCUAUGGCGGUGGUGGUUAUGGUGGUAACCGAGGUGGCAGUGGGUAUGGAGGCGGCCCUGGCUACGGCAGUCAAGGUGGCGGAGGAGGUGGAGGUAGCUAUGAUGGCUACAAUGGGAGCAACUUCAGUGGUAGCAGUGGAAACUUUGGUGGUGGUGGAGGUGGCAGCUACAAUGACUUUGGGAACUACCCUAACCAGCAGCAGUCCAGCUAUGGGCCUAUGAAGAGUGGUAGUGGUGGAGGAGGUGGUGGCUAUGCAGGUGGCAGGAACUCCGGUGGCCCCUAUGGUGGAGGGUAUGGUGGCUCUGGUGGUGGAGGUGGUGGUGGCAGUGGAGGUUUUGGAAGGAGGUUCUAAAGUCUCCAUUGACUAAAGGAAUACAGUACUUAGCAGGAGAGGAUGAGCCAGGAGAUUGUGACAGGGAGAGACAGCAGGUUACUACAAUACAAAUCUCAGCCAAGCACAUUUGUGGCAGGUUACAACUGCUACUGGAAGAAAAUGUCUUUUUAGUCAGAAGAGUCAGUGUUUGAACUUGAACUUUUUAAAGGAAAAAAAUCCAAAUGCAUGGAUAUCUGCAUAAGGACUAUGUUGGUAUUUGAAUAACUGUUAAAACAGGUUACUUUGUAGUUUAUUGGUGAUUUUCCUGGAAGUGUAAAAUGAACAUUCCAGUGAGUUUUUAUUCUAGAAAAUGUUUUCGUCUUUGGCUUUUAUUUGCACCAGUUUCAAGUGAUAUCUAACUGUAUUAGUUGUGAUUAUGACACUCAGAAUAAAGAACUUUCCAUUUUUA